AGAGUCUGUUCUGUUUCACAUCUGUAAACUCCUCCUCUUCCUAGUCCAAAUCCGAAUCCAAAAUCGGUAAGAAAACGAUAAAAGAAAAGACUUUGUGGGGAACCCAUUAGAGGAAAACUGAUUAGAAACCUCGACAACCACUGAAACUUUUCUCUAGGAAGAAGACAAUGAUAAAAAGUUGUGUUUUGACCUUUAUACCCCUCAUCGUUCCAAACCUCUAAAUUACAAUCAUUUGGGUCAUCAUCAAUCUGGAUCUACUCAAACACGCUCUCUCCAAUUGUCAUCCUCGCUGUCGAACCCCAAAAGAUGAUAGCUUUGAUCGGAUUGCUUCUGGGUUUUCUAAUCUCAGCAUUGUUCUUAAUCCAAGGAAAGCGAAGAUCAAACGGAGAUCAUCAAGACAAGAAGAAGAAGAGAUCUAGUAAUGAGCCUGCAGAAGUCGUAAAGCCUAAUAGGAGUUACAGCAAGAGUGAAGUCUCAGAACACAACAAAAGGAACGAUUGUUGGAUCAUAAUCAAAGAUAGAGUCUAUGACGUUACUUCUUAUGUUGAAGAGCAUCCUGGUGGUGACGCCAUUCUAGUUCAUGCUGGUGAUGAUUCUACUGAUGGCUUCUUCGGACCACAACACGCCACUCGUGUUUUUGACAUGAUCGAAGAUUUCUAUAUCGGAGAAGUUAGUCAGUAAGAACUAAAAAAAGUUGUCUUUUUUUUUUUGUAUUCUCUUCUGAUUGAAGAAGAUUUUUGCAGAACCUUUUUGUCUUGCUAGUGUAACUCUUUUUUCUUCCAUUGUAAUCCCAAAGUUUCCUCCUUUUUUUGUUUAUGUUAAUUUGUAUGGCAAAUCUUAAGUUUCAACUUCAGGGUU